AUGUAAUAACAUAUCCAACUUAAUUGUCAAAAUUCUAAAAAAGGAUAUAUAAUGUAAAGAACAGGUAAUAAGCCUGGAGACAGAAUAAUUGAAAGAUAAUCUUUUGCACAAUAUGUAAAUUAAAUGUCUGAAACAUAACAAUAAUUACUAGCUCAUUUUAAAUCAACCCCGAGAAAAAAAUCAUAAGUAAAUAGUCAUCCAAAUCUACCUAAAUUGCAUUCUCCAGAUGUCAUACAUAGAAAAUUUGUUUUGAAUAUUGGCAAGUGUCCGGUUAAUAAUUAUUAAUCAUCUAUUUUUAGAAUUAAUGGACCUUAAAAUUAAUAACAUUUUUUUCAUCCUGUACAUAAUCAUAGACAUUAAUCUUUAGAAAUCAGAAAAUCUUUAAUUUAAUAAAAUAGACUCACACCUAUUCAAAAGAAUUCGAUUAUUAAUCUUAGUGGAAGAUCUGUAAGAGAUGACGAUAUGAAUUUAUUUUACUAUAAAAUUGGAGGAGAUGAAGUUGUAGAUUAAUUAAAUGAAGAAUUUUACCAUUAUUCUAGUUAACAUGAUAUGAUUAAAAGUAUGUAAUUAAUAUUUAUUUAAUUGAAGAUAUCGAUGAUCAUGAAUAAUAUAAGGCUCAUUUUAAGAUAUUUUUAGAAUAUAUAAUGGGUAAACCUGUUUUUUAUAAUCUUGAAUAACUUAAGGAUAAGCAUAAAAAUUUGGGACUUAAAAAUAAAGAUUUUAAUAAUUUUAAAAAUUAUUUAAUUGUAAAAUAUUUUUUUAAAUUUUAAGACUUCUUUUCUAAAAGUAAAUAAAACUUAGGUUGAUUAAAUUUUUGAAUUUAGUUCUAUGAUAGAAUAAUAUCGUUAUUGUAUUAUUGAUAGUGAUACUCCAUUUGCUAUUAUAUACAAUUAAAAAACAGAAAAAAUAAACACUAAAGAUGUUCCUGAUAUAAUACUGUCUAUGGCUGAAAGUAGUUAUUAAAAAAUCUUUGCAGAUAAUACUUUGGCUCAUUAUUUUAUUGGUAUAGAACUAUAAGAAUAAGCUAAAAAGUUAGGAAGAAUAUUACAUUAAAUGAUGGGAUGGGAUUAAACUUCAGAUGAAGUUUUAUCAAUUAUGAGACAAAGUCACAAAAGUAUGCAUUUAAAUAAUGUACAUUUUACAUUAUUUAAAUAACAUAUGAUAGAAUCUAUGAGAUAAUAAUAAAUUUAAGAGAAAUAAAUAGAACUAGUCACAUCCAGAAUGGAUGGAUAUAGAAGUUACAUAAUAAAUUAAGAUUCAUUACUUGAUUUUUACAGAGAUUAACCAACAUUACUCUAAAUAUAAUAAACUAAGUAUGUCUAACUUCUUAGAAGAGAUCCAAGAAUGUAAAACUUUCCUCAUGAAGCAUUUAACAGACAUGUUUAAUUUAUCCUUAAAUAUCUAACACAUUAACAUUUACCUACUCUUACUCAUAAUGAUUUAUGGACUAUCCAUUCUAAAUAUAAUAUAUCUUCAGAAUAAAUUGAAUCUUUUAAAGAUAAUUUCUUUCUAUUAAUUCAAAAUCUCAAUUUAAAUCCUAUUGUUAUUUAAGAUUAUGAAGAUAUAUUUUUUAUGCUCAAAAGAAAUCUUAAACAUUAGUAUUCUAUCUAAAAUAUUAUUGGCCAUUAGAAAGUUGAAUCAAUCCUCUCUAAAAUUCAAUUUUAAAUGCAAGAUAAUGAACAUUAUAAAGAAUAUUAUUCAAAUGCCAUAUACUAAAUGAGCAAACAUCUUCAUAAGAUGAUAGCAUUUAUAUUGAAAGAUCAACAUCUAUAUAAAUCAAAUGAUUUAAAAGUUAUUCAUUAAUCACUUAAAAUUAAAGAAUCUAUAUUUGAUUUAUUUGUUUUAUUUUUGAAAAAUGCAAUGUAAGAAGAAAAAAUUCAUUAAUAUUUAAUAAUAUUAGCAGAGGAAACUUGUGAAUAUUAUAAGAAAAACAUAUGUACUUGA